AUGACCGACGCCCCUGCCUACUCGAAGAAGAUCGUCGUCGUCGGGGACGGCGGCUGCGGCAAGACGUGUCUUUUGAUUAGUUACAGCCAAGGAUACUUCCCAGAGAAGUACGUCCCAACAGUCUUCGAGAACUACAUCACAUACCCAGUACAUCCACCAACCGGCAAGACCGUCGAGCUCGCACUGUGGGAUACCGCAGGACAAGAAGAGUACGACCGCCUGCGGCCGCUCUCGUACCCAGAGACCGACCUUAUCUUUGUCUGCUUCGCCAUAGAUUGUCCCAACUCGCUCGACAAUGUCACGGACAAGUGGUACCCCGAAGUCCUCCACUUCUGCCCCUACACACCGCUCAUCCUGGUCGGCCUGAAAUCCGAUCUCCGCUACAAGAAGACAUGCAUUGAGAUGCUCAAGACCCAAGGCCUGACCCCCGUCACCCGCGAGCAGGGUAUGGCCGUCGCCCAAAAGAUGAACGCACAGUACAUGGAGUGCAGCAGCAAGGAGAUGAAGGGUGUCGACGAGAUCUUCGAGCAGGCCCUCGUCACCGUCGUCGCUAACGACAGACGGAACCUGGAGGUGCAAGAGACCGUCUCACCAAAGAAUCGUCGCGGCAGCAUCGUGGGCCAGCUCAACCUCCCCGGCGUCGGUGGUGCUCGUAAGAAGAGGAGAAAGUGCCCGAUGCUGUAAGCGAGGACUACCCUUUAUUUAAUUACAUUAAUGACGGGUCAGAUCGUACCCUCCGUGGCACGGUACGAUACGCCCCCAAAUACCACACAACCCAGAGAAGAGGGGGAGUGCGUAAUGACAACGAAGCGCAAUGCGACAAGGCGACCAGCAAUUUCUCUCUUGGACUCGGCACGAAGCUUCCUUUCGAGAACAAUCAGCCCGCGAGAGAGCUUACAUCGGCCUGCCAACUGGCGCAACAACGAUGACGGGAUGAUGGAC